AUGGUGCUUUUGACCUUUUUCUCGCAGCUCACCUCAUCCAUAUAUGCUGGCGGCAGUGGUGCCGUGUCCAUCAACCCUCAAAGAGCACGCGGUGGUGCUGCUUCUGUCAAGGCAAUGGAUCGAUUUUCCAAAGCAACGGGCCACUACCACAUCACCCCCGCCUCAACGCCUCACCCCCGCCUCAACGCCUCACCCCGCCUCAACGCCUCACCCCCGCCUCAACGCCUCACCCCCCGCCUCAACGCCUCACCCCCGCCUCAACGCCUCACCCCCGCCUCAACGCCCCUCACCCCCGCCUCAACGCCUCACCCCCGCCUCAACGCCUCACCCCCGCCUCAACGCCUCACCCCCGCCUCAACGCCUCACCCCCGCCUCAACGCCUCACCCCCGCCUCAACGCCUCACCCCGCCUCAACGCCUCACCCCCGCCUCAACGCCUCACCCCCGCCUCAACGCCUCACCCCCGCCUCAACGCCUCACCCCCCGCCUCAACGCCUCACCCCCGCCUCAACGCCUCACCCCCGCCUCAACGCCUCACCCCCGCCUCAACGCCUCACCCCCGCCUCAACGCCUCACCCCCGCCUCAACGCCUCACCCCCGCCUCAACGCCUCACCCCCGCCUCAACGCCCUCACCCCCGCCUCAACGCCUCACCCCGCCUCAACGCCUCACCCCCGCCUCAACGCCUCACCCCCGCCUCAACGCCCUCACCCCCGCCUCAACGCCUCACCCGCCUCAACGCCUCACCCCCGCCUCAACGCCUCACCCCCGCCUCAACGCCUCACCCCGCCUCAACGCCUCACCCCCGCCUCAACGCCUCACCCCCGCCUCAACGCCUCACCCCCGCCUCAACGCCCUCACCCCCGCCUCAACGCCUCACCCCCGCCUCAACGCCUCACCCCCGCCUCAACGCCUCACCCCCGCCUCAACGCCUCACCCCCGCCUCAACGCCUCACCCCCGCCUCAACGCCUCACCCCCGCCUCAACGCCUCACCCCCGCCUCAACGCCUCACCCCCGCCUCAACGCCUCACCCCCCCCCGCCUCAACGCCUCACCCCCCGCCUCAACGCCUCACCCCCGCCUCAACGCCUCACCCCCGCCUCAACGCCUCACCCCCGCCUCAACGCCUCACCCCCGCCUCAACGCCUCACCCCCGCCUCAACGCCUCACCCCCGCCUCAACGCCUCACCCCCGCCUCAACGCCUCACCCCCGCCUCAACGCCUCACCCCCGCCUCAACGCCUCACCCCGCCUCAACGCCUCACCCCCGCCUCAACGCCUCACCCCCGCCUCAACGCCUCACCCCCGCCUCAACGCCUCACCCCCGCCUCAACGCCUCACCCCCGCCUCAACGCCUCACCCCCGCCUCAACGCCUCACCCCCGCCUCAACGCCUCACCCCCGCCUCAACGCCUCACCCCCGCCUCAACGCCUCACCCCCGCCUCAACGCCUCACCCCCGCCUCAACGCCUCACCCCCGCCUCAACGCCUCACCCCCGCCUCAACGCCUCACCCCCGCCUCAACGCCUCACCCCCGCCUCAACGCCUCACCCCCGCCUCAACGCCUCACCCCCGCCUCAACGCCUCACCCCCGCCUCAACGCCUCACCCCCGCCUCAACGCCUCACCCCCGCCUCAACGCCUCACCCCCGCCUCAACGCCUCACCCCCGCCUCAACGCCUCACCCCCGCCUCAACGCCUCACCCCCGCCUCAACGCCUCACCGCAACGCCUCACCCCGCCUCAACGCCUCACCCCCGCCUCAACGCCUCACCCCCGCCUCAACGCCUCACCCCCGCCUCAACGCCUCACCCCCGCCUCAACGCCUCACCCCGCCUCAACGCCUCACCCCCGCCUCAACGCCUCACCCCCGCCUCAACGCCUCACCCCCGCCUCAACGCCUCACCCCCGCCUCAACGCCUCAACCCCGCCUCAACGCCUCACCCCCGCCUCAACGCCUCACCCCCGCCUCAACGCCUCACCCCCGCCUCAACGCCUCACCCCCGCCCCAACGCCUCACCCCCGCCUCAACGCCUCACCCCCGCCUCAACGCCUCACCCCCGCCUCAACGCCUCACCCCCGCCUCAACGCCUCACCCCCGCCUCAACGCCUCACCCCCGCCUCAACGCCUCACCCCCGCCUCAACGCCUCACCCCCGCCUCAACGCCUCACCCCCGCCUCAAACGCCUCACCCCCGCCUCAACGCCUCACCCCCGCCUCAACGCCUCACCCCCGCCUCAACGCCUCCACCCCCGCCUCAACGCCUCACCCCCGCCUCAACGCCUCACCCCCGCCUCAACGCCUCACCCCCGCCCUCAACGCCUCACCCCCGCCUCAACGCCUCACCCCCGCCUCAACGCCUCACCCCCGCACCUCAACGCCUCACCCCCGCCUCAACGCCUCACCCCCGCCCUCAACGCCUCACCCCCGCUCAACGCCCUCACCCCCGCCUCAACGCCUCACCCCGCCUCAACGCCUCACCCCCGCCUCAACGCCUCACCCCCGCCCUCAACGCCUCACCCCCGCCUCAACUGCCUCACCCCGCCUCAACGCCUCACCCCCGCCUCAACGCCUCACCCCGCCUCAACGCCUCACCCCCGCCUCAACGCCUCACCCCCGCCUCAACGCCUCACCCCCGCCUCAACGCCUCACCCCCGCCUCAACGCACUCACCCCCGCCUCAACGCCUACCCCCGCCUCAACGCCUCACCCCGCCUCAACGCCUCACCCCCGCCUCAACGCCUCACCCCCGCUCAACGCCUCACCCCCGCCUCACGCCUCACCCCCGCCUCAACGCCUCACCCCCGCCUCAACGCCUUCACCCCCGCCUCAACGCCUCACCCCCGCCUCAACGCCUCACCCCCGCCUCAACGCCUCACCCCCGCCUCACCCCCGCCUCAACGCCUCACCCCCGCCUCAACGCCUCACCCCCCGCCUCAAACGCCUCACCCCCCGCCUCAACGCCUCACCCCCGCCUCAACGCCUCACCCCCGCCUCAACGCCUCACCCCCGCCUCAACGCCUCACCCCCGCCUCAACGCCUCACCCCCGCCUCAACGCCUCACCCCCGCCUCAACGCCUCACCCCCGCCUCAACGCCUCACCCCCGCCUCAACGCCUCACCCCCGCCUCAACGCCUCACCCCCGCCUCAACGCCUCACCCCCUCACCCCGCCUCAACGCCUCACCCCCGCCUCAACGCCUCACCCCCCGCCUCAACGCCUCACCCCCGCCUCAACGCCUCACCCCGCCUCAACGCCUCACCCCCGCCUCAACGCCUCACCCCCACCUCAACGCCUCACCCCCGCCUCAACGCCUCACCCCCGCCUCAACGCCUCACCCCCACCUCAACGCCUCACCCCCACCUCAACGCCUCACCCCCGCCUCAACGCCUCACCCCCACCUCAACGCCUCACCCCCACCUCAACGCCUCACCCCCGCCUCAACGCCUCACCCCCACCUCAACGCCUCACCCCCACCUCAACGCCUCACCCCCACCUCAACGCCUCACUCCCACCUCAACGCCUCACCCCCACCUCAACGCCUCACCCCCACCUCAACGCCUCACCCCCACCUCAACGCCUCACCCCCACCUCAACGCAUCACCUCCAGCACGGUGGGGGAGGCAAGUCCAGUCGUGCGCCUGUAG